AUCCGUUCAGUCUGGAUGGUAAAACGGGAAAAAGAAGAAACAGGAAAAUAUAUUAAAACACCAGGACAAUAAAGGAGGAUUAUUGGGAAAUUAUUGUGAAGAAAAAGUGAAAAGAGUGUAUAGUUUAUACUACAUACAAUGUGUUAGAGUGUAAAAUGGAAAAGAAAGAAAAAAAUAAAUAAGAUUUAAGGGAUAAAAUAUCAUUUAAAAAAAUAUACUUGUAUGAAUGUGUGUAAUAAAUAAAAGCGAAAAGAAGAAAAUAAUUAAUUGAAAUAAUUAAAAAAAAAAAAUUUAAAUUGGGAAAAUUUAAAAAAAAAUUCCCUUUUAAUUGCUCUUGUGUUCAUAAUUAAAAUGGGAUUUUUUCAAUUCAAUCCCAUUAAAAUGAAUCGAAUAAAUAUAUUUGAUAAUUUUAUUACCACUGGAUUAUUAAUAAUUUUAAUUGGUAUAAUUAAUAUAAAUGCUGAAUUAACACCACCAUAUUUUAAUUUGGCUACUGGACGUAAAAUUUAUGCAUCAGCUACAUGUGGUGUUGGUACUGAUGGACCAGAAUUAUAUUGUAAAUUAGUUGGUGCUAAUACAGAAAAUGAAUUUCAACAUGGUUCUGUUAUUCAUGGUCAAAUAUGUGAUUAUUGUGAUCUAUCGAAUCCAGAUUUAAGUCAUCCACCAGAGAAUGCAAUCGAUGGUAAAGAGACAUGGUGGCAAAGUCCACCAUUAUCUAGAGGAAUGAAAUAUAAUGAAGUUAAUUUAACAAUUGAUUUUGGUCAGGAAUUUCAUGUAGCUUAUGUUUUUAUUCGAAUGGGAAAUUCUCCAAGACCCGGUGUUUGGACUCUAGAAAAAUCAAGUGAUUAUGGCAAAACAUGGCAUUCAUGGAUGUACUUUUCUGAUACUCAUACAGAUUGUGACUCAUAUUUUGGAAAUAACACAUACAAAUCAAUAGAAAAUGAUAAUGACGUUAUUUGUACAACAGAUUAUUCAAAAAUUGUACCACUUGAAAAUGGAGAAAUACCAGUUAAUUUGUUAAAAGAUCGUCCAUCAGCAAAUAAUUAUUUCAAUUCAACGGCACUUCAAGAAUGGACACGAGCAACAAAUGUACGUAUACGUUUAUUAAGGACUAAAAAUUUACUCGGCCAUUUAAUGUCUGUUGCUCGACAAGAUCCAACUGUAACACGUCGUUAUUUUUAUUCUAUAAAAGAUAUAUCAAUUGGUGGUCGUUGUAUGUGUAACGGUCAUGCUGAUACUUGUGAUGUUUUAGAUCCCAGAAGUCCAGUUAGAAUAUUAGCAUGUAGAUGCCAACAUGAUACUUGUGGUAUACAAUGUAAUGAAUGUUGUCCCGGUUUCGAACAAAAGAAAUGGAGUCAAAAUACGAAUGCUCGACCAUUCAGAUGUGAACCUUGCAAUUGUCAUGGUCAUUCAACUGAAUGUAUUUAUGAUGAAGAAACUGACUUGCAACGACUAUCAUUAGAUAUUCAUGGAAAUUACGAAGGUGGGGGAGUUUGUCAAAAUUGUCAAGAUAAUACAAAAGGUAUCAAUUGUAAUGAAUGUAUUCCUAAAUACUAUAGACCUUAUGGAAAACAUUGGAAUGAAACAGAUGUUUGUAAACCUUGUAAUUGCGAUCACUUUUCUUCGACUGGUAAUUGUGAAGAAGAGACCGGACGUUGCGAAUGCAAACCAGCGUAUCAACCACCCAAUUGCGAUUCAUGCGCAUAUGGAUAUUUUGGAUACCCUAAUUGUAGAGAAUGUGAAUGUAAUUUAAAUGGUACACGGGAAUAUUAUUGUGAGGCAACCGAAGGAUAUUGCCCAUGUAAAGAAAAUUUUGCUGGAAAAUAUUGUAAAGAAUGCGCAGAAGGAUAUUAUUCUUAUCCGGAAUGUAAAGUUUGCGAAUGUAGUGAUAUAGGCGCCUUGAGCAAUAACUGUGAUUUUGAAAAUGGUCAAUGUCAAUGUAAACCCAAUUUUGGUGGACAUAAUUGCGAAUCAUGUAAAGAUGGUUAUUAUUCCUUCCCAAAUUGCCUCUAUUGUGAUUGUGAUGUUAGUGGAACAGAGUUUGAAAUUUGUGAUAAAGAUAAUGGGAAGUGUUUGUGUCGUGAAGGAUUCGGAGGUCCAAGAUGUGACCAAUGUCUUCCUGGAUACUAUAAUUAUCCAAAUUGUGUCCCUUGUGAAUGUUCUACUGUUGGAAGUCGAUCAAAAAUAUGUGACGCAACUGGUAAAUGUACAUGUUUGGCAAAUUUUGCUGGAAAACAGUGUACUGUCUGCCAAGUCGGUUAUUAUAAUUAUCCAGAGUGUUUAGCAUGUAACUGUAAUACUCAUGGUGCUGAAGGCAUUUCCUGUAAUGAUGAUGGGCAGUGCAGUUGUCUUUCAAAUUUUGAUGGUAAAAUUUGUGAUGUGUGUAAAGAAGGAUAUUAUAACUUCCCAGCAUGUGAGGAAUGUAAUUGUGAUCCAGCUGGUGUCAUACAGAAGUUCGCUGGUUGCGGUUCUGUGCCAGCUGGUGAAUUAUGCAAAUGUAAAGAACGUGUUAGCGGAAGAAUUUGUAACAAAUGUAAACCUUUGUAUUGGAAUUUAAACAUUAGUAAUCCAGAUGGAUGUGAAGAAUGUGAAUGCUUUUUGGAUGGUACUGUUGGUGCACUAGAUACAUGUGACUCUAAAUCUGGUCAAUGUACUUGUAAACCAUCAGUUACAAGUCGUGACUGUAGCGAGUGUAAAGAUGGUUCAUUCGAUUUAAAUGGUGGCAGUUUGUUUGGAUGCAAGGAUUGUGAUUGCGAUAUUGGUGGCUCAAGAAAUUUAAAUUGUGACAAACAAAGUGGAAAUUGUAACUGCCACCCAAGAAUAACUGGAAGAACAUGCACUCAACCGCUUACCACACAUUAUUUUCCAACAUUAUACCAAUUUCAGUUUGAGUAUGAAGAUGGAUACACACCUUCAGGCGCUCAUGUUCGUUACCAAUAUGACAAUGAACAAUUUCCCGACUUUAGUGGUAAAGGUUAUGCUGUGUUUUCAGGCAUACAAAACAAAGCCCUUAAUGAGAUUAAUGUGUUCAAAUCAUCCGUAUAUAGAAUGGUUAUAAGAUAUGUAAAUCCGACUGAUGAAGAUGUUGUAGCAUCUAUUUUAAUACAAUCUGAUAAUCCCUCAGAAGUCGAUCAAAACGCCAAAGUUCUGUUAAAGCCUACAAUGGAGCCAAAAUUCGUAACAGUUUCUGGAUCUAAAGGGGAUAAACCAUCUCCAAUUGUUCUAGACCCAGGCCGGUACACCAUUACUACAGAAUCAGUUAAAAAUAUAAUGUUGGAUUAUUUUGUUUUACUACCGGCUGCUUAUUAUGAGGCUUCAAUAUUAACUCGAAAUAUUCAAAACCCAUGUGAAAUUGGUAAUAUGGACUUAUGUCGCCAUUAUAAAUAUGUAUCAGUUGAUGAAUUCAAACCUGUUACGGACCCUAUUGAAGCAGAGGAAAUUUUUACCGAUAGUGAACAUAUGAUAAUAAUUGACCAUAAGGGUGUUGUACCGGCAUUGACCGAGGUUCAAAAUUCAUUAAAAUAUAAUCUAGAUGUGCCACAUACUGGACGAUAUGUUAUUGUUAUUGAUUAUGUAACUAGUAAAGAAAUACCACAAACUAAUUAUAUUAAAGUUCGUGUAGGUGAAGAUAACCAAGAUUAUGGCACUGCCACAUUGUACACGUGCUUAUAUACUAUGGGUUGUCGUCAACCAGUGCUUGAUGAAGAAUCCAGAGAAAAAUUAUUUUUCAUUGAUGUAUUGGACUCAAAACCAGUUGAACUAUAUCAUGGCCAUGAAGAUUUUGGUAAAGUGGGCGUUUUACAAAUAACAGCAAUUCCAGUUGAAGAUUGGUCGGUUGACUUUAUUGAACCUAAUAACGUCUGUGUGAUUCAUGAUAAAGAUUGUGCUCCGUCUAAAUAUCCAGCAAUUCCAGAUGCUAAAAAGAUUGAAUUUGAAGCUGAUCAUGAAGAAAGAAUAACACCUUAUAAACCACCGUACGCUGUCAAAGAUGAAAAUAUAAAACUAAUUUAUUUGGAUAGAAAUAAUGCCUCAAUAAUGAUUGGAUCAAAAGUUACUGAACCAGGCAGAUACAUAAUUUUGCUUAAGUAUUAUCAACCAAAUCAUCCACGGUAUAAUGUUCCUUUCCGGUUGAAUACUGAAAAAAUACUAUACGAUGGUAAGUUUGAAGUUAAUCAUUGCCCAUCAAGCUCUGGUUGCCGCGGAAUAAUUAGGCCCGAAAGUACUGUUGUAACAGGAGAUAAUACUUGGUUUGAUAUUGACGAUGAAUUUACUCUUACAUUGACGAAUAACAAAAAUAAAGGCGUUUGGUUAGACUAUAUAAUCGUUGUUCCAAUUGGUCGAUAUACAGAUGAUUUACUGGUUGAGGAACCAUUCGAUCAAACGAAAGAGUUUAUUAGUAAAUGUGGCCAAGAUCACUAUUAUAUACCAUUAAAUGCGUCAGAGUUCUGUCGUAAGGCAGUAUUUUCAUUGACAGCUGACUAUAACCAUGGAGCUUUACCAUGUAACUGUAACUACGAUGGUUCAACAAGUUUUGAAUGUGAUCCUUACGGUGGACAGUGUCAGUGUCGCCCGAACAUUAUUGGAAGGCAUUGCGACGCUUGCCGUACUGGUUUUUAUGGUUUUCCUGACUGUAAACCUUGUGAUUGUCCGAUUACAGCUUUAUGUGAAAAAAGUACAGGUGAAUGUAUUUGUCCAACUCAUGUAACUGGAGAGAAAUGUGAUCAAUGUAAACCAUAUACAUAUGGCUUUCAUCAAAUAAUUGGUUGCGAAGAAUGCAAUUGCCAUCCGUUAGGUGUUUUACAUGGGAAUAUGCAAUGUGAUUUAUUCAACGGAUCAUGUCAAUGUCGCCCAAAUAUAGAAGGUCGAGCUUGUGAUCAAUGUUCCAAUGGCUAUUAUGGAUUUCCAAAUUGUCAUAGAUGUAAUUGCAAUCAUGAUGGUACAGAAUUGGAAAUAUGCGAUAAAGAUCAUGGAGAAUGCUAUUGCAAAAAGAAUGUUGUCGGAGAGAAAUGUGAUCAUUGUGUGGAUGGUACAUAUAAUUUACAAAGGGACAAUGCUGUCGGUUGCACGCAAUGUUUCUGUUUCGGAAAAAGUCAACGUUGCAAAUCUGCUUAUUUGGAAGAAUUCAAAAUUAGUUUGAUUGACAAAGUUGCAAUAAAUAAUGUAUAUUUUGACGGAAAAAAAAUUGAAUUUUCUCCAUGGCUCAUGGAUAAAGAGCAAAUAUUGAAGAAUGAUACUUUAUUAGAAGCAGACUUUACAUUUAAAGACCCCCCAGACGGUUUCGUUUACUUUAGCGUGUUAGCUCAUUUAUUCAAUCUUAAUAGCCAUAUAACAGCUUACGGUGGUGAAUUGACAUAUAAUUUAUAUUACACUACUGGACCAUUCGGUAAGUCGUUGGUCGCUCCAGACCUUAUCUUGAAAGGCAGAAAUAUUACUUUGAAACAUCAAAGCGACGAGCAACCCUCAAGCUCCAAUCGUUUUAAUGGAUCCGUUAAAAUAGUCGAAAGUAAUUUUGCAACAGAAAAUGAUGAACCAGUUAGUAGAGCGGAUUUAAUGUUAGCUCUUCGAGAUUUAGAAGGAAUUUACAUUAGAGCAAAUUAUUGGGAAGAAACUGUUUUGUCCAGGCUAAGUGAUGUUGCUCUUACAAUGGGUUUUGUUAGAACUCAACAAACUGAUGAACAUGUUCCACAUGGAAUAUUAAAACUUAUGCCUGUUGAAGAAUGCUAUUGCCCCCUUGGGUAUACAGGUUUAUCCUGUGAAGAUUGUGCACCUGGGUUUUAUCGUGUUAAAGAAGGUUUAUAUGGCGGUUAUUGUGCUCCAUGUCAAUGUAAUGGUCAUGCUGAUAGCUGUGAUUGUAAUACUGGUAUAUGCAAGGAUUGUCAACAUUCUACAACUGGUGACCAUUGCGAAUUUUGUAUUGAGGGAUAUCACGGUAACGCUACAUAUGGCACACCUCAUGAUUGUAUGAUUUGUCCUUGUCCCUUACCUAUAGACUCAAAUAAUUUCGCAACCAGUUGUGAAUUCAAUCCUAGUGGAUUUGGUGUGAAUUGUCAAUGUAAGCCGGGAUACACUGGACCGAAAUGUGAAAGUUGCGCACCGGGAUAUUAUGGAGUUCCAGAAAACGUCGGAGAUUAUUGUAAACCAUGCCAAUGUUCAGGAAAUAUAAAUUUAGAUGAGCCUGGCUCAUGUGACACUGUCACCGGCGAAUGUAAAAAUUGUCUUAACAAUACUUUUGGACCUGCAUGCAAUUUAUGUGCACCUGGAUUUUACGGUGAUGCUAUAAAAUUAAAAGAUUGUAAAAGUUGUGACUGUGUUGUGGAAGGUACAUCACAGUGUGAUCCGUUUGUUGGUACUUGCAACUGUCAUGAAAAUGUUAUUGGAGAACGGUGCGACCGAUGUGAGCCAGAUCAUUACGGUUUUGAAUCAGGAUUUGGUUGUAAACCUUGUGAUUGCGGAAUCGCUUCAAAUAGCACACAAUGUGACGAUCAUACUGGGGCUUGUCCAUGCAAGCCAGGUGUUUCAGGCCGUCAAUGUGAUCACUGUGCCAGAGAUUACUGGAAUUAUAAUGAGGACGGUUGUACUGCCUGUCUUUGCAACAAGGGUUUUUCACGAGGCUUCGGCUGUAACACUAUGACUGGCCAAUGUGAAUGUUUGCCAGGUGUGAUUGGUAAAAAUUGUGAUUCUUGCCCUUAUCGAUGGGUACUCAUAAAAGACGAGGGUUGCUUCGAGUGUGACAAAUGUCAUCAUGCCCUUUUAGAUGUAACUGAUGCUUUGCGCGAUCAGAUUGAUCCAGUAGUAGGUGAUUUCAAAUCAGUGCAACUGGCAUACUUUACUGAUCAAAAAUUAAAAUACUAUAAUGAUCUUACUGAGGAACUUGUUCCUAAAGUACAAAAGCUAGAUCCAAAGAAGGUUGUUUUAACCCCGUUUAUUGAAGAAAUGGAUGUUUUAGAAAUUGAAGCUAAGCAGUAUAGUAAAAGUCUAAAAAAAUUAGAUCAAAAUGCUAAAGAUAGUUCUAUAAACAACGAAAAGCUUAUUGCAGAAGUUAAAAAUUCUUUGGAAGAAAGUAAAUCUGUUGUUACAAUUGCCCAUGAUGUUAUUGAAGAAGUAAAAUCACUUUCUGACAGCUUCGAUACGUCAAUAGGCGCUGUUAAGGCCGAUAGAGCUAUUGAUAAAGCUAAAGAAAUCUUAAAUCAUUUAAAUGAAACGAAAUUUGAUUUGAAGCCAGCGAAUGAUCAAUUGGACAAAGCCAAUUCUCUUCAUAAAUCUAUCGAAGAAGAAAUCAUGGCACCAGUAAAGGAUCAAGCCGAUGCGGUUGCCCAGUUAAAGAAAGGUACAGGAGAGUUUAAAGAAAAAUUGGCCGACUUACAUAAGUGGAGUAACGAUGCUAUUGAAAAGGCUAAUCAAGCUGCUGAAAUGAACCGGCAGAAUAAAAUUACUUUUGAUGAUUCAAAAUUCGAUACCGUUGAAAAUCAAGAUAAAGAAAUCUCUAAAAACAUGAAAGAGACCAAAAACCUACUUACAAACUGCGAUUUGACGUUAGAAACAAUUGGAAAAAAUAUUCAAGGACUGCAAGAAACAUUGUUGCGUUUGAAAAAUGUCAAUGUGAAAGUAGAUGAUUUAUUGCCAGAAGCCGAAUCUAAAACAAUUCAACUUAAGGACCGUGUGGAAGAAGCGAAUAUGAGAGCUGUUGAACUUGAAACACAAGCUAAUAAUUUACGCGAUGAAUACGCUGACAGUACAUCAGAUAAAGAGCCAGCUAUUAAAGCAGCUACCGCUUACUCAGAUAUCGUUAACGCUGUAGCAGCAGCCCAAAAUGCUGUUAAAGAUGCUAAGCAUGCAGCUGGAAAUGUAACCGAAAAGGGAAGCGACAUCAAAGAACGCGCUGAAAAGUCCGAUAAUCUCGCAAGAGAAUUGUUGGGAAAAGCAAGAAAUUCUUUAAGUACCGUACAAACUGACUUGCAACCUCAUUUAGAUAAUUCAUCGCAGAAUGUUGAUGAUAUUACUAAAAAACAUGAAGAUUCUGAAAAGGAAUUGUCUCGUUUAUAUACAGAAUUACAAUCUCUCCCAAAAGGCUCACAAACGGAAUCAAUUGAAAUGGUAAUUGCAUCUGCUGAGAGGUCAAAUGAUAAUGCUGACGAUGCUCUAGCAAUAUUAAAGCCUUUAAAAGAUGAAAUUCCAAAAAGUUUAGCCAUUGCUAGAAACAUGUCAGAUCAUGUAGAUAGAACUAAUCAAGAAAUCGAGCAUACAACUAAGCAGGUAGAUAAAGUCAUGGACGCUAUACCAUUGAUUAAAACGAAAAUUGAUCAUUUAGACGAAGAACAGAAAAAGAUUGACGAAAUGGGUAAAGAUCUUAUGGAACAGCUAGAAAAUUUAAAACGACAAAUUGAAACAACGCGACAAAUAGCUAAUGAAAUUAAAAUUGGUGUAGCUUUCGGCCCGGCAACAAACUUGGAAUUAAAACCGCCAGAAGCCUUGCCACUUUUAGCUCAGUCGUCUAGGGUAUCAGCUUACUUCAAAACUGAUAAACCAAAAGGAUUUUUGAUGUAUCUUGGAAAUGAUAAUAAAACCGGACCUUAUUAUCAGAAAAACCCAGAUUAUAUGGCCUUAGAAAUAGAAAAUGGUGUUCCAGUUUUAUACAUAGAUUUAGGUGAUGGACCUGAAAAAGUGAUUAGUGAUAAAUAUGUAGCGGACAAUAAAUGGUAUCAGGUAAUCGUCGAUCGCAAUGGAGAAAACGUUAAACUUAGUAUAAGAGAAGCACUUCCAGGUGGGGAAGAAAAAACUCAUGAUGUUACUCAUAAAAUGCCUGGACAAAACAAUAAGUUUAAUGUGGACAAAAAUAGUCGUCUAUUUGUUGGAGGUUAUCCUCCAGAUUUUGUACCCCCACCGCAAAUUACUCAAGGGUCAUUUGAAGGUGCAAUUGAGGAACUUAAAAUUGGUGACGAAGAGGUGGGUUUAUGGAACUUUAUAGAUGGCCAAGAUAAUAAUCGAGGAGCUGCUAGAAACGUAUUAUUGACUAAAGAACAACCAUCAACUGGAUAUAGAUUUAAUGGAAAUGGUUACGUCAUGUUAGAUGCGAAAUCAUAUUCAUUUAAACAUCGGUCAAGUAUUCAAUUUGACUUUAAGACUUCAACUGAUACAAAAGAAGGUUUACUAUUCUACGCUGGCCAUAAGCGUCAUUUUAUAUCUGUUGAAAUGCGAAACGGUGGUAUUUUGUUCCAAUACAAACUUGGUGAGCACCUAUUUUCAAUACAUGAUGAGCAGAUGUAUAAUGACGAUAGGUGGCAUACAGUAGAAGCUCAACGUGAAGGUCAAAAAGGUUUACUUAAAAUUGACGGAAAACCAGUGUUUGUUAAAGAAGCUCAACAAGGUGUUCCUGAAGAUUUAAUAAUUUCAGAUGUAAUGUAUUUCGGCGGAGUUGAUCGUCCAACUAAUCAUUCUGAAGUAACUACACACAAUUUCGAUGGCUGCAUAGACAAAGUUCUAAUUGAGGGAUAUAAUUCUGAUUUAAGUAGACAUCUAGUCGUUUUCGGUGCUAGAACAGGUUGUCCCCAUAAAUUUUCUAGCUCCUUAUCUUAUAGACCAAAACAUCAUGGUUACUUAAAACAAGGAAAUGUUUCUUCAAAUAACGAUUUCGAAAUCAACAUGAGGUUUAGAACAAAACAAAAAGAUGGAAUUAUAUUUUACGCUACAAAUCACGACCAAAGCUCAACUAUAGGCCUAACAAUAGAUGAUGGAAAUUUAAUAUUGAGAAGCAUGAAAGAAGAAGUUCAAACUGAAGCCAAAAGAUAUGAUGAUGGUGAGUGGCACAUAGUUACUGCCAAACAUGACGAUGAUCAUUUAAGACUAAAGGUCGAUGAAGUGGAAGAUGUAAGCUCAAGAGUUUCACCGACAGAAUUAUGGAUUGAACAUGGCCAGAUAUUUUUCGGUGGUUUGCCGAAUAACUACAAGCCUAUACGAGAUAGGCUUUCAAACUUGGCAUAUUUUAUUGGUUGCAUUAAUGAUGUGACAUUGAACGGACAAAUUGUUAAUUUCGCUGAUUCAAAUGACAAAGUUGGAGGUAGUUUUGAAGACUGCCCGUCGGAUCUGUUAUAUUACGAUGUGCUUGCGCUACCUAUUUAUUAUGUUGGAACUGAUUCUGGUACUGGUUUCAUAGAUAUUGCUGCUAACGAAGUCUUACACUAUCACACCCCCAAACCACAUCAUGAAAUCAGAACAACAAAAAAACCAAAUCUUGCAGAACAAUGGCCUCCUAUGCCGGAUUGGUUUGACAAGCAAACUGAGUCAACUUCUACUGAAAGAGACACAACAACUAGCACGUCAACAACAACAACCACAACUACAACUUCAACAACAACAACAGAAGCACCAACAAUUGCAACUCGUCCUACAAGAAGAAGAACCACUUCUAGGCGCCCAACCGUUCCUGAGGUUCUAAUUCCACCUACUAUACCAUCUGUUUUGGAGGCACCCACUAAAUUACCAGCGCCUGAAACUUCAAAAUCAGAUUGCGUUUUACCAAUUAAUCCUGAUUAUGAUGUUGGAUUUGAAGCUGGAUAUCGUUUCAUUAGUGUACGUGACAGGCGUGUUGAAAUUAAUUCAAUUGCUUCUGGUAAAUUUAAGAAGCAACAUGAAAUCAGUUUAGAAUUUAGAACAUUAGAAAAAGAUGGCUUACUAUUCUAUGCUUCUGACAGUCGUCAUACUGAUUUCAUUGCAUUAUACUUAAAUAACGGUCAAGUUUAUCACAAAUUUAGAGCUGGAAGAGUAAUGCAAAUACUAAAUUCGACGGCUGUUUAUAACGAUAACAUAUGGCAUGUUGUUGAAUUUUCGAGAUUGCUAAAUAGAGCUACAUUAAUAAUUGAUUCAAAUGAUCGCUAUGAUGAAGCAGUUGAAGCAGGAAGAGCGAUGAGUCUUCAAUAUCCAUUCUAUGUAGGUGGAGUAGAUCCAAACCAUAAAGAAGGAACUAAUGCAAAUACUUUGUUGGAAGAAGGAACAUUGUUUACUGGUUGCAUUAGAAAUAUACUAUUUAACAAACAACCAACUGAUAAACCACCGCACUUACACAAUGUGGUACCAUGUUCAGAACAUAACGAAAGAGGUACAUUCUUUGGUGCUGAAGGUGGUUUUGUUAAGUUACAAGAGCAUUUCCGUGUUAGUACUGAGCUUACAAUACAAUUUGACUUUAAACCAAGAACACAAAAUGGUAUUUUAUUCUCAGUUCAUGGAAAAAGCUCUCAUUUAAUUUUAGAAUUGUAUAAUGGAUCUAUAAUAUUUAAUGUUCAAAAUGAUGAAACACAUAAAAUAGAAGCCAAAUUUGAACCAUUGCCAGGAGUUAAUUUCUGUGAUGGAAAGUGGCGUACCGUUUCAGCUGUUAAAUCACAAUAUGUAAUAACAUUAGCUGUAGAUGGUAUAAGUUCUAAUCCUGGUAUUGGUGAUGCUAAUAAAGCAUCAACAGAUACAACUCGAGCAUUAUUUAUGGGCGGCCAUCCAUUUAUUAAAAAACCAAAAGGAUGGAAAUCUUCACAAAAUUAUCACGGUUGUAUUCGUAAUGUAAAGAUACGUGAAAUUCCAACAACAUAUAAAAGAGAGCAAAUCAAGGGAGAUGUUUGGCCAAAUAUGUGUCCAACUAAUUAAUAUCGGAAUCUUUUUGAUUAAAAGAAAAAAUUUUGAUUUUAUUCUCAUAAAUUUAUUACUUAAUUACAUACAUACAUAAUAUAAUUAUAAAUAUCAAAAGCUUUUGGAAAAUUUUUAUUUUUGAAUUGAAUGUAAAAUAUUUGAUUGAUUUUUGUUAAGAAAUCUUUCAUAAUAUUUAUACUAGUCAUCCAACAAUAUAAUUUUAUUU